GAAGAGAAUGAGGAGAGUAAAGAGGAGGAACAUCAUGUCAAAAUUGAGGAAAAAACGCAUUUACAGACUGAUGGUAUUUUGAAAAGAAGAGACAAGAAACGUUUCUCAUGCACUCAGUGUGGAAAGAGUUUUAUCCAAUCAUCAUCCCUUAAUAAACACAUGAGGAUCCACAGUGGAGAGAAACCUUUCACAUGCACUCAGUGUGGGAAGAGUUUCAUCCACUCAUCCCACCUUAAUCAACACAUGAUGAUUCACACUGGAGAGAAACCAUUCAUAUGCCCUCAGUGUGGGAAGAGUUUUAUCCAAUCAUCAUCCCUUAAUAAACACAUGAGGAUCCACAGUGGAGAGAAACCUUUCACAUGCACUCAGUGUGGGAAGAGUUUCAUCCACUCAUCCCACCUUAAUCAACACAUGAUGAUUCACACUGGAGAGAAACCAUUCAUAUGCCCUCAGUGUGGAAAGAGUUUCAUCCAAAUAUCAAACCUUAAUAACCACAUGAAGAUUCACUCUGAAGAGAAACCAUUCACAUGCACUCAGUGUGGGAAGAGUUUCAACCAAUCAUCAUACCUUAAUAAACACAUGAGGAUCCACACUGGAGAGAAACCAUUCACAUGCACUCAGUGUGGGAACAGUUUCAGCGAAUCAUCAUCCCUUAAUAAACACAUGAGGAUCCACACUGGAGAGAAACCAUUCAUAUGCACUCAGUGUGGGAAGAGUUUUAGUGACUCAUCAUCGCUUUGUAGACACAUGAAGAUCCACACUGGAGAGAAACCACUCAGAUGCACUCAGUGUGGAAAGAGUUUCAACCAAUCAUCAUACCUUAAUAAACACAUGAAGAUCCACACUGGAGAGAAACCAUUCACAUGCACUCGGUGUGGGAAGAGUUUCAUCCAAAUAUCAAACCUUAAUAACCACAUGAGGAUCCACACUGGAGAGAAACCAUUCACAUGCACUCGGUGUGGGAAGAGUUUCAGCCAAUCAUCACACCUUAAUAAACACAUGAAGAUCCACACUGGUGCAAUAGUAAAUGUGCUUGGAGUGUGA